AUGGCAUCUUGUCGUCUCGACACAAACCCUCUUGCUAUAGAAGCCGACAUCGCAGCGGUUGUUAAACAGCUUGCUGAGAUUAAACACUACCGCGAGAUAAGAAAAAGCAAGCAACACGCCGCUAAUUCACUAGACAAGGAUGUCGCAUGGAUGGUUUUUGAGCAGGAGAUAAAAGCCAUAAGGACAAGGUUGACAGGCUUAAAAAUAGCAUACAGUACAGCCUCUGCUAUAAAUCAAGACAGCCCAUUGAUUACAUUAUUGCAGGCUGAAGAAGCACAGGCUAGCAGUAAUCGCAUUCUCGCCCACCAAGCUAGUCGAGCUUCUUCGGUAAAUGUCCAAAAAGACCUCGAAAUCUGUACGAGAGUUUCAUCAAAUCAAGUUGAGCCUCAACGGCAGCACCAAAAUGAUGCUUUUUAUCUCUCGACGGCACCCUUCUCGACCCAGCGCCGAGAUGAAUUGGAAUGCGUCGCGAGGUGUACGGCCUGCUACGAAACAUUCUCUUUGAGAAAGCUGGAGUUUUGUGAGGCGGAAGUUGAGUUCACAACCACCGAUCGCAUAUACUGCAGCAACCUCGACUGCGGAAGAUUUAUUCCACCGGCCCAGAUAACCUUUAACCUGGCGCACUGCCUUGCCUGCGAUAAAAUGACCUGUUCUACGUGUAAGAGUGUAUUCCAUCAGGGUGAAGAUUGUCCGGAAGAUAUGGCUUUAGCAGCUACAUUAGAUUUAGCCAGGAGCGAAGGAUGGCAACGUUGCUUCUCCUGCAGGGCCGUUGUACAACUCGGUGUGGGUUGCCACCAUAUAACAUGCACUUGUCAAGCACAAUUUUGCUAUUUGUGUGGAUCCAGAUGGAAAACGUGCAAAUGUGAAAGGUGGGAUGAGCACAGACUACUCAAGAGAGCAGAAGAGGUAGUCGAGCGCGACGCCUUGGGGCCAAUGCCUCGCCAGGAACAACAGCAACGUGUGCGGGACAUGCAGGAAGAUUUGAGACAGAACCACGAAUACGAGCAUUCAAGACGUUUUGAGCGCAUCGAGGGCGGUGGCCGACGAGGCUUUACGUGUGAGAUGUGCGAAGCUCGUUAUUGGAAAUUCAUCCUGGAAUGUCGCCGCUGUCAUCUCCGUGAACCCGGUGCUGGUUGCGUCGUUGCUGUCUCAGAUGAGCACCGGUGUCUUUGCAAAAGCGGUAUCCCUGCGGGCGAGUCAGUCUAUCCUUCAAGCUUAUUUUUAUAG